GGAAAACGACCGAACCGAAAUGAAACGAAACACAUAGAUGUGAUGUGUGUGCCGCUCGGCUUCUAGUCAGAGUUUUAAAGUUAGCUUACCUGUGCAAUGGUGUGGACGGACGAAGAAACGUUGAGUUUAAUCGACAUGUACCGUGCUCGUCCAGUAUUGUGGGACAGCAGUAAUGAGCACUACAAAAACAAAUACCGGAGACACGAUAAUUUAAUUGAACUCGCAGUGUUAUUUGGUGUAGACAAACCAGAGAUUGAAAGGAAAAUAAAAAAUUUACAAAGUCAUUUCAUGAGGGAACGGAAAAAAGAAGCGGAGGGCAGACAAACUGGAAGUGGCACGGACGAACCAUAUGAAAGCAAAUGGUUUGCUUUCCAACCGAUGAUGUUUCUGGCUUACAAGAAUGAACCGGGAAGAAUAAAGGAUGAUGUCGAGGAUUCGGAGGACCAGGAAGGACAAAAAGAUAGUCGAGUUCAUAUUCGAUCCAGAGGUUCUCGAGUGGGGCCGGCAUCAACACGGUUUAAAACUUCUUCAAAUGUGACCAAAACCAAAAGGUUUCAAUCUUCAAAGUCACUGCGGCCCAAAUCCUCAAGACUUGCACUCAGAGCUACUCCUGGUUCAUCCAGUGGACUCGCCUUUGCAAGAGCGGACAUCAAAGACGAACAUUCUUCGUAUGGCGAACACAUAGCAAUUAGGCUACGCAGACUUCCACCGCGAACGAGGUUUUUGGUUCAGCAAUCCGUCAACCAGAUGCUCUUUGACGCGGAAAGUGGGAUUUACGAACAGGACAGUGUACCAAUAAAAAGCUGAGUUCUGCAAUCCAUUGUAA